AUGACUUUGGUAGCAACAACCAUUCCUCCUACACCUCCACAGUCCACAGACGGACGUCUCUUGCCCGAAGAUUCUUUCGAAGGCCCUAGCAUGUACCAACCUACGUACAACACCAUCGGGAUGCCUGGACAGGAAAACAACAGUAUCCAGCCCCAGUCCCAAACAAUGCACUACGAUUCUCCCCCACUCUACACCACCCCCAGUUUUCCUCAAAAUAUGCCUCCUCAAUCGAUCAUCAUGUCCGGUAACCAGGUCACCACGCCUCCUCCGGUUUCUGAUGAAAGUCUCAUCCCAAUGGGGUCACCCACCGUGAUGACCCCUUCUUCAACUUGGUCACGGACCUCUCGGAACAAGACACCAGUCAAGGCAUCCAAGCAGCGACGCAAUCGUAACCGGAGAGAACUCUCCGAUCCAGGUAUCAAGCUUGAUGGGCCAAUCAGUCAGCUCACUGAAGCGUUUCACUCGACUCCGAUCAAAGACAUGGAUGCUUGGGUGUCUCGAUCUGCUCAUGAGCGACAGAACGAAGUCCGCAAGAAGAAUGGGAAGAUAUCUCGUCCUAUGAAUUCCUUCAUGCUUUACCGUUCUGCAUACGCAGAGCGCACCAAGAGAUUAGUGGGUGCAAAUAACCACCAAAUCGUCUCAAAGAUCGCGGGCAUGGGCUGGAAGCUAGAGCCCGUUGAGAUUCGCCGAAAAUACGAAGAUCUAGCGAAAUUAGAACGAGACAACCAUGCCGCAACACACCCAGACUACAAGUUCUCGCCUAACAAAACCCCACCUGCCAACCGACGUGAUGGUGGCUCUCCUACUAUCGUCGAUGAAGGAUUUUUCUCUGACAUGGAAAGUGACCUUGGAUCGAGUAUGGGUUGCGGGUCUUCCUACAUCCACUCUCGAUCGCAAAGCUUCGAAGAGGCCUACUACGACAGUAGCCGGGAUUCCUCGCCAUUUGGACCUGAUUCUAUGAUGACACCUGGAUCUACCUACUCCUGGCAGAAUACAAGCCACCCGAAUGGCCUUCCAAUGCUGCCGCCCAACUCGUUGGGCCAUGAGUCCUACGCUGGAGAUAUGCACUAUCGCCCCGCCAGUCCAAACCAGCAGGAUAUGGGAUAUGGAAAUUCCCUCGCUGGACUUCCUGGUGCUACUCACCACGAGUUGCUCCAGCCUCAGCUAACCGCCUCAUCACAUGGUUUCCCCAUGCAUGACAUGGAUCCCCGACUUCUGAGCAAUGGCGGCGAGUCUUCUGGGGUUGCCACCAUGGCCGGCCCGUCCUAUGCUGCCAAUACUGGCUCAUUCUCUACCUGGGUUGACGAGACUCAAUCCAACUUUUACGCUGCCUCAUCGGCGCCCUCCAUGUCCCCCAGCACCGUUUCAUACACUCACCCUAGCAUGGCAUCUGCGUAUCUCCCCAGCAUGCAGAGCCUUGAGGGCCGGGAUUCAUCAUGGGAUAUGCCUCGCCAUGAAAGCAUGGCUGACCCUACUGGCGCUGAGUUUGAGUUGUGGUGCUCCGCCGAGCCCAGCUCCAACAACUACUGA